AAUUUUUAAAAUCGUCAAAGGUGUUUCGAAUAAUUUCCCGGGAAAUGAGAACAGUCAUGGGCGACACAAAAUCCUCAUCCUCGAGAGUCCUACCCAAAAGACAGCGCAUGGCACUAACACGGAAUGACGAGAAUCCAAUGUAUAGUACUUCAAGUUCAUGUUCAAGUUCAUCAGACGAAGACUUUCAGACUUCAAGGAGAAAAUGGACGUUAAAAAAGUUAGAAAUGUUUGGAUUAUGCUACGAUUUGCAGUCUUCUGAUGUUUCGUUGUUAAUGGGGGAAAGUAAUAAUUAUAAAUAUCCUCUUGAAGAAGACAGGAGAAAAGUCGUGGAGUCUUUAGCAGAUCAAGUUGACAGCCUGGAUAGGCCUGGCGUAACAUUCAGAGAGGGAGAGAAAUCCAGGACGUGGGUUACUUAUCGCCGUAUCUUGCAGAAAUGCGAUGAAACAUUGCAGUCAGUUGAUGUUCAUCUAAAUAACCCGCCAACGAAUUCAAAGCUACUUGUUCUUAGCCAAGCUGCACUACACAGAUUUUACAUAGGUCUCAGAGAGUUCCUUAUUGAAAGUGAUCAGAUUUUGGCAAAAGAAAAACCCAUCCCCAAGCACUUGUACUUGAAUUUAUGCAGUAAAUUCAUGGAGGUUUUCUUGUUAAAUGUCAGAUCAGGUUUAUUGGAGAGUUCAGGGAUGACAAUUAAGGGUGUGAAGAGUUCUAGUGAUCCAGAUCUGCGGGCGACAGUACCUGUUAGUUCGUUUGGCAGAAUCUCCAGUGUUCUGGUCAUUAAUGUAGAAGAGAUGAAGCCAGACUACAAGCACAGAGUCCCGGCGGGACCCUUCCAGAUCACGGAAGCAGUCCAACACAGAGUCCUGGAACAACAUGCCUCCCAGCUAUUGCUUGAUUUCAAGAUGUCCGUUUUUGCUGACAUUGGUGCCAUUUUUGGAAUCAUAUGCAUGAGAACAUCUCUGAUUUUCACAUGUUUGAAAAUGUCAUGGAAGCAUUAUGAACUCAUAAAAAUGCAUGGAGAAGAUGUUACAAAGAAAGGAAUGGCAUUUGAAGAAGAUAAUGAAGAAGUGGAAAAUGAAAGAAAAAGGCUGUGUACACGCAAAGAAGAAGAGGAAAGUGAAAGUAAGCGACUGUGUACACGCAAUGAGGAAAGUGAAAGUAAGGGGCAGUGUUCACGCAAAGAAAAAACUUCUAAAGAUUCAAAAACUAAGGAAAGAAAUGAAGCAAAGACAAAGCAAAGUGGAACCGUUUUCUAUACUAGACCAUAUGAUUACCUUGUAAAAGAGGACAGACAUCAGAUAACUGAGUUCUUGUUUAGGCUAGGGGUGCAUGUAGAAACUCUACAACAUAAUUAAGGUAUGGCUCCCUGUUCAGUUGACUUGUCAUGUGUAACAGUAAGUUAACUUUUGAACAUUUAAUAAGUGACUUAACUUUUGAACAUUUAAUAAGUGACUUAUUGGUGACUAGUCAAGAUCCUUUGUUCCAAUAUCACUUCUGAGCUGAGUGUAUGGAUAUAGAUACCGCCGGUACAUGGUUACCCCUUACCUAGAUUUUUAUACCCCCGCUCCGAAGGAGAGGGGGUAUACUGUUUUACCCUUGUGUGUCUGUCUGUCUGUCCGUCCGUCUGUCUGUCCGUCCGUAACAAAAAUUUCUGUCGCAUUUAUCUCAGCAACUGUUUAUCGCAGAUGCUUGAAAUUUUUACACAGCAUUUGUUAAGGCAUGCCAUAUCGUGGGAUAUAUUUUUGUACCAAUCGGACAUCAACUUCCUGUUAAAUGACGACUUUGCUUAUUUUUUAAACAAAAUUUUCAAACAAAUUUUCGUCAAAGAUUUCUCAGCAACUGUUUAUCGCAGAUGCUUGAAAUUUUUACACAGUAUUUGUAUAGGCAUGCCAUAUCGUGGGAUUUAUUUUUGUACCAAUCAGCCGUCAACUUCCUGUUAAAUGACGACUUUGUUUAUUUUUUGCCAAAAUUUUCAAACAAAUUUAUGUUAAAGAAUUCUCAGCAACUAUUUAUCGCAGAUGCUUAAAAUUUUAACACACUAUUUGUUUAGGCAUGCCAUAUUGUGGGAUAUAUUUUUGUACCAAUCGGGUAUCAACUUCCUGUUAAAUGACGACUUUGUUUAUUUUUUGCCAAAAUUUUCAAACAAAUUUUCGUCAAAGAUUUCUCAGCAGCUAUUUAUCGCAGAUGCUUGAAAUUUUUACACAGUGUUUGUUAAGGCAUGCUUUAUUGUGGGAUAUAUUUUUGUACCAAUCGGACGUCAUCUUCCUGUUAAAUGAGUACUUUGUUUAUUUUAGCCAAAAUUUUCAAACAAAUUUUCGUCAAAGAUUUCUCAGCAGCUAUUUAUCGCAGAUGCUUGAAAUUUUAACACACUUUUUGUUUAGGCAUGCCAUAUUGUGGGAUAUAUUUCUGUACCAAUCGGAUGCCAGCUUUCUGUUAAAUGUCGACUUUGCUUAUUUUGCAUAUUCACAUCAGAGCGGGGGUAUCACUAGUGAGCAUUGGCUCACAGAUAUCUUGUUAAUUAUAAAUUAAAGCACAGCAUCUGGCUAGAACUGGAAUAAUGCAAUCAAGUUUUGCUUUUGGGAUUAUUUCACAAGAGACAUUGAAAUAUUUUUUUGUAAUGCAUACAAUAUAAGGAAUCUUAUGGACCAGAUUUUGAGAAUCACUGCAUGUUUUAUAACAGAACAGUAGUUCUCUGAUGUAGUGAGAGUUAUGCAUCUUACCAGAUGGACUAUCAGCCUUAAAAUAAUAUGUUGUUAGAUUGGUAAUUUUUCAUAUUAAAUGCCUUUGGUUUUUCAUUGUUUGUUUUUUAGUUAAUGCACCUUCAACUUUUUAGGAAAUAAAAUAAUGAAUUGAACUUUG